AUGGGUAACUCUAGACUAAUAUCUGAUAUUGGUAACUUAGUUUUUGAUAAUCCUAGAGAUAGAUCCCUUAAACUAGAAUAUGUUCGUAGUACUCCUCUCCCUUCAUACAGAUCUUUAGCUAGACCUCCUCCUACUGUAGAUACAAUCAACAAAGUCAUUGCUUCUUGGAAUCCGUUAAUCAAUGCUCCUUCUUUUGGAAAAAUCUAUGAUGCUACCUCUGAUCCUACUUUGCUCCAAUGUGUACAUCAUAUAGCUGUUCCUACCAAUGAUCAAUGUUAUGUGCUUACUAAAUGUUCUGGAUGUAACUUGUUCAAUACACCACCAACUCGCCGAGGAUGUAUCUUUAGUAUCCCUAGGAAUAGGGCUUUCUAUGUUCCUGUUUACAGGAAAACAAGAAACACUUACGCGAAUCAACUUGAACACACCCUCAUGGAAAUUACUCGAAUAGCUUUUGAAGCAUUUUAUGGACCUGCAGCAGUUCCUGUUGCACCCAUUUCCCCUAAUAUUAUCACCUCAAUUUUUGGAGAUUCCUCUUAUCUUUCACAACUUCUGGAUUUACAAACUGCUCUUAAUCAAUCACAUUCACUCACUUUUUAUACCGAUGGAUCUUUGAAGAAUACUAAGUCUAAAGACUGUUCUAUGGGUCUCGGUUGGAUAUGCAUUGACGAUCAGAAUUUACAACAUCAAUUUUGUGCUUCACUCAUCAAUUGGCCUUCGUCAACUAGAGCUGAGUUAUUUGCUCUGCUAUCAGCCUUAAUUGUUUCAUCUAAAGAUUCAAACAUUUCCGUUUACACUGAUAGCCAAGCACUAAUCUACGGAUACUCACGAUAUAUCGUGAUGAAUUCAUUAUCAACCAGAAGAUUUGAAAAAAUUCCCAACUAUUCUAUAUGGAAUCUUGUCAAACACAUUCAAACUUCACUCAACCUCUCUGUUACAUUCACCAAAGUCAAAUCACAUACGGGUGAUGUUCUCAAUGAUAUCGCUGACUCUCUUGCUAAGCAAGGAU